AUGCGAAACUCUCAUAUCGCGUCUGGGCAGACCAACGUGGAGUUGAAGCUCCAGUUCGGUUUGUUUCGUCUUGCGCACUUUCUUUGUCUGGCUUACUCAUGGCAUCUUAGCUUCUAUGGCGAUCAUGGGGUCAUUCCCAGCGGAAAUGCGACCGAGAUUUUCAUCGGCCGCUGGCUAAAUGACACAUCAAUCCACCUGGAUGCUCUCGAGAUCAUCGCCGAGAAAGCUCGUCGGUUCUGGUGGGGCCAGCAGAUCGAACUCGCAACGGUCUCGUGGAGCUUGCUGCUGGCCAUCGAAGGCAAGCGAAGGAGCAUCCCCUCUGUCUGGGCCUACCUUGGAUUGGCACACCUUGUCAGCCUUUCGUUCGCCCAGAACCUCUUCUAUCUCGCACUGCUUCUUACCCCGGCCCCGACUACCACAGCAGACGACAGUCAUCCGACCUCCACACUAGGACGUCUGCGCAAGAGAUUCUUACCUGUGAAACCUGCAAACUGGACGCCACACCCGGCCUUGCUCUUGGCAUCAUUCUGCUUUACGUAUGUUUUGAUAUACUGGGCUCCAUCGACAACAGGCACGGCGACAUUUGCCCGGAUCGCAAUUUUUGGACGGCUUCUGACCUUUGCUCCCAUUGCCAUCCCUGCCGUCGUUCCAGCUAGCUGGGGAACCGUAUACUCUGAUCCCCAUGGAGCAUAUGGCAUCUUCACUGACCUCUUUCGGUUUGUGUCCACAGUGAGUUUCGCAUUUCACGUCAAAGGCACCGCGCUUGCUUUGCUUUACAAUGCGCCGAAUGCCCACUAUCAUCGUCAUAGUCGGUUCCUACCAUUUGACGUAGAGCAACGUUCGACGUGGGAGCGUACAACAACAGCACUUGGCAAGGUCUUAGGAUCGGCAUCCGAUCAUCCUGUUGUAGCUGCUGUGGCAUGGGACGUUUUGCUCAGCGGAGUCAGCCAAGGGUUAUGGGCGGCUACACGUGUGCUGGAUGUGAGUAACAUUCUAGCCGCCUCUACUCCGUUCGCCCCGAACGAUUUAUCGAAGGCAAAGCCACCACCCAGACUACUGGAAGGGAGUGACAAACCAUCGCCGGAAUCGGAAUCGUCCAGCCAAACCAGCACAGUCUCCACGCGGCGCAGAGGUAAUCAACAUGCAUCUCAAGUGAAGCCCGCAGAGAUGACCAUUUCAGAGACAUCAGCCUCUAGAAGCACCCGCCGAGGCCGUGGCCAUACCCGAAAGCACACGGCAAACCCCGAGGAGGCGCCAGAAGAUAUGUACCAGCCGAGUCCUGCGGAAAGCCGCGCCGCAGUCGAAGGCGACGAAUUGCCUGAUGGUGAAGUGGACUGGGAAUCUGCAGCGUUGGCUUGGGGUCUCGCAGCUUUGGGUGGUCUUGGAUCUAGCAGCGCUGGUGUUUUUGGAGCCGAGUGCACAUCUCGAUGA